AAAAACUAGUAGCCUAUACUUCAACAUUUACUAUUUUAUGCUUUACUAUAUAACAUUAAAGUACUUCAGAUUUUAGUACAGUUUAAUAUAUAGAAAGUAUAUUUUAGUAUUAUUAUAUGUGGAUUGUUAGAAACGUAAAGCGUGAAUUGCGUUAUUAGUUGUCGCGUGCGCAUCGAUCUCUGUCCAUGGUGCUGAAUUUUAAAACUCGCGUUUCCGGCAGCGCUGACCAUAAAGACUUUCAAUAUCAAAACAGCUGUGUUUUAAGUAAAUUAGACAAGAAAAGAGCAGUUUGUUGGAUAUAUUUCGUUCAGCGUUAAAGUGCCAUGUAGGCUAUUUUAGAUUACACAACAAUGAGAGUGUAAGUGCGGUCAAGGUGUUGUCGGCACUGCAGCAUCCCUUCUGCGGCUGCUCGAUGCUGCUGCUGCUGAGAGUCCCGUAGACAAAGUCAUGGACGGAGGGAAGUUGUGAGGUCGGGAGGUGGGUUUACAUCCCCACGAAACGGGCACAUUAGAAACGAUGGCGGAAGCAAACCCAUUCAAGGGUCUGCCCCGGAUCCAGAGGGCUGCGAUGUCCUUCCCCGGACAUUUGCACUUAGUUUUGGUGCUAAGGCCCAAAACUCACCAGACCACUGGAACAGACCUCGGUUUCCGCUUCAGUCAGGACGACUUUGCCCUAAAGAUGCCGAUGGUAAUGCUGAGCUCAUUGACAGACCUGCUUCGCUUCAUUGAUGAAAAUCAACUCAGCACUGAGUUUGGUGGUACGCUGGAGCAGAGCCACAGUGAUUGGAUAGUUUUGCGAACAGCCAUAGAGAGUUUUGCAGUGACUGUAAAAGAGAUUGCUCAGUUGCUACAGACAUUCGGAACAGAGCUAUCUGAAAUUGAACUGCCUGAUGAAGCCAGCGGCAUUGAGUAUUUACUCAGAUCACACACUGAAAAAUACAGACAGAUGAAGGAUGACAUCAGGUGCGUUUUGAGGGAAGGCCGUCAGCUACUUUCAAAUCUUGAGGCAUCUAAGGCAGAAGAGGGGGCUGCAGCAGAAGAUAGAGACAUCAGCCAUGACAAAGAAAGAGUGCAAAGGCUCUUGGCACAGCUGAGGGACAUGGAAAUGGCGUUUGAUGGCUUUUUUGAGAAGCACCACCUCAAACUUCAGCAAUACCUGCAACUGCUUCAAUAUGAGAUAAGCUUCCAUGAGAUGGAGGACAUUUUGGAGAAACUCAGUAAGCAGGAGAAAGCCAUCGCAGCUGUGGGAACUACGGUAGCUCAGACGGACCAGUUACUCACAGAUCUGGAGAUGCUGGAAACCACAGCAGAGGAGGAAAUGGGUCGUGCUCAGAUUAUUAUACUGCACGGUCACCAACUGGCUGCCAGUCAUCACUAUGCUCUUGCCCUGAUUGUUCAGCGCUGCAACGAAUUACGACACCAUUCUGACACGCUUACAACAGCCCUGCGCACCAAACGGGCCGCUCUCACGCGUAUACGAGACCUUCUGCUGCGGCUGGAGGAGACUAUGCGUUGGUGCGAUGAGGGGGCCUAUCUGCUUGCUAACCAGCUGCUGGAUAAGUUUCAGUCUAAAGAGGGGGCGCAGGCAGCACUGCAGGACAUAGAGAGGCUGGUGGAGUCUGCACCCUCGGUCCUGCGGUCCAGCCCUGAUAUCCUGAGCCUGGAGUUUGAAGCAAUACUGACACCUCAGCUGCAGUCUCAGAUAGAGUCCGUCACGGAGAAGCUAUCAACAGUGCAGGGAAUGAUCCAGAACAGACAGGCCUGUCUAAGGAAACUGGCAGAUAUUCAGGUCAGACCCAUCCAGCCGGUCGCUCCGAGACCUGAGACCUCACCACGCUGCAAAUCUCCACUUUUCUCUCCCAAACACAGCUUUGACGUGAACUCCAGUUUGAGGUUUUCUUUUGAUCUUGCACUACCCGGUAAAAGGGCCUCACGGAAAAAUCCCAGCACGAAAAAGAUAGAAGUGAUGCACGACUAUGAGGAGAAUCGUAGCUGCCUCUCUUACGGGCCGGAGGGAGUUGAGAACCCCGACCAGCACAAGCGCCGUGUAAUGAAGGAGUUGAUUGAGACAGAGAGAAUCUAUGUGGAGGAGCUGCUGUCUGUUUUACUGGGAUACCGGGCAGAGAUGGAUAACCCCUCCCUCUCGAGCAUACUGCCAUCUGUACUGCGAAACAAAAAAGAGGAACUGUUUGGAAAUCUGCCGGAGAUCUAUAAAUUUCACAGCAGGAUAUUCCUGCAGGAUCUGGAAAGCUGUUUGGAAACUCCAGAGAGAGUAGGAGCACGAUUUCUGGCAAGGAAGGAAAAUUUUCAGGUCUAUGAGCGCUACUGCCAGAACAAACCGCGUUCAGAUGCUCUCUGGAGGCAGUGUUCAGAUUCUGCUUUCAUUCAGGAGUGCAAAAGAAAGCUGGAUCACAAACUAGGACUGGAUUCGUAUUUGCUGAAGCCUGUUCAGCGUUUAACCAAGUAUCAGCUUCUUUUAAAGGAACUACUAAAACACAGUUCAAACUCGCAGUAUGAACCUGAGCUGCAGGGGGCGCUAAAUGCCAUGCUGGACCUUCUCAAGUCUGUCAAUGACUCUAUGCAUCAAAUUGCCAUCACUGGUUAUGAGGGUGAACUGAGCAACCUGGGCCGUGUUCUGAUGCAGGGGUCCUUCAACGUGUGGAUCAACCACAGGAAAGGGGCUACACGGAUGAAGGACAUGGCUCGCUUCAAACCCAUGCAAAGACAUCUGUUCCUGCACGAGAGAGCUCUGCUUUUCUGCAAGAAGAGAGAUGAGAAUGGAGAGGGAACUGAUCGAACAGCAUCUUACAGCUUUAAACACUGCCUGAUGAUGAGUGCGGUCACUAUCACCGAAAACAUCAAAGGUGAUGUGAAGAAAUUCGAAAUCUGGUACAAUGGUAAAGAGGAGGUGUAUGUUGUUCAGGCCUCUACAGUUGAGGUCAAGAUCGCCUGGCUUACUGAGAUUAAAAAAAUACUCCAGCAAAAGUUUGUUAAAGGGGAUGCUAACUCUUGUUUAGAUGGUGAACAACUGCUAUUUCCACCCUUGGCAGACAGUAUGAGGCAUAUGUCCGUGUGCAUGCCCUGGACUUCCACACAGGUCACUGGCUGCUCAGGUUGUUUUGAUGUCCUUCCUCACAGCAAGCUUCAGGGGGCGUCGGUCAGCUCGGAGGAGGCAGAUUCAGACCAGGCGAGUCUGGUUCUGACAGACCCGGUCAUCGUUUCUCCCCGUCCACGACAAAACAACAACCGCCGCAGCUGGCCUGGGACAUCUCACUCAGUGGACAUCUGUGAGGGUUUAGAGGACUGGACCACUGACCUGUCUAAUAUCUCAGACUCUGAUGAAGAUGAUGAUGUCCUGCUGGUUCCUGGAAGGUACAGAGCAAUGGUGGACCAUUUAAAAUGCGGUAAGGAUGAUGUAAUCAUCAAAAGUGGUGAUGUCAUUCACGUGCUUCAGGAGAAUGCCACGGGGCUUUGGGAUGUUAAGAAUUUGACACGUGGUGGUGAGGGAAAACUCCCCGUUGAUAAACUGCUGAGAAUAUUGGGAGAUGCGGGAAGAAGUCCAUCCAUUAGGUCAGGAGGUGAGAUAAUGGUACGGGAAAUAUAAACAGCAUCUGAGAACAACCACAUCAACAUGUGACAAGCCUAAAGGCCAUAACUGUCAUCCAGGACCGAGCCCAGUCACGCCACGUGACGCACACAUCCACACAAGAAAAACAGAGCCGCCAUGAGAGUUCCCAUCUGCCAUUGUUUGGGAUUUUGAAUUGCAUUAGAUUUAGAGGCAAAACGUUGUUUAGAAACACUAUGAACCACAUUGAUACUAUAAAAAGAUUUUCCUCCUGCAACAGUGAAGUAGGACAUUUGUUAAGCACAGACUCCAGCACAAACUUAAGUAACACAGAUACACUUCAUUCUUGGAAAUUACCAUCAACAAACUGUGCCAUAACACGUGACAUAAAAACGUAAUUUGGGUAUUUAGCAAAGUAUUUAAGUGUAUAUAUACUAUGCUGGUAUAGGGUAUAAAACCAAGGUAAUGACCCACUGUUAUCUUGGUCCAGAUGGUUACAGUGGGCGUGCACUUGUUUUAAAAAGCCAUUAGGAUGCUGGAAUGGACAGCAGCUGUGCAGUGGAUGAAUGAUAAACAUCUAAUACUCUAUGGGUCGGUUUCCCUGGACAGGGUUUAGAUUAAUCCAUUAAUAUGCCUUAUUAGGACAUUUAAGUAUUUUUUACAAACAUUCCUAACAAACAAAAAAACAAUACUGGUAUGCAUCUUGGGAUAAACGGCACUGAUAUAUGUUAAGCUAUGUCAGUGCAAGAUGUGUUUAAAUUAAGGCAGCUCAAACAUGCAUUGUAAUAUGGGACUAGGAUAAACCCUGUCCGCAAAACUGUCCCUAUGUGCCAAAACGUAAUAUUCCAUUUUCAGGUUGAUCUUAAUUUCUAUUCAUCUUCUCUGUAAGAAAUAUUAUUUCAGAGAGGUUUAAUUAAUAAUCAAAAGUGAAGUUUUCAUGAAAUUGCGCUGCUUUCCUUCAUAUGGUCCAGGUUAAGUGCCUGUACGUUUAUUUUUUUGAGGCAGAUGUGAAAUGCAGAUGUUAUCAAAGUGAUUAAACAUUCAGUGGUUUUAACCAGCAAGCAAUUUUACAUUUAAAAGACCUCUAAUAGACGUUCAAUUACAGCGCAGAUAUCUAGGGUCUGUCAGUGAAAAUGUAUUAUACUUUUAACCAUAGCCCCCUCCCAAAAAAAUGAAAUUAAAUAAAAUGUAUUAAUAAAUUAAACCAAACGGGUGAUUCUCACGAAAUCCAGAUUUAGAAGGUGUCCAGCAUCAGAAUUUUUAAAAAGCCCUUGAAGCCAUUUUUUUUGCACAUAAGAUUAAGGUUUAAACUUACUAUAACCAUUAUUUUUAGAGGAUUUAAAAAAUAUUUUCUAUAGAAUUAUAUACUUUUUUUUAAAGAUUAUCGUUACCAAAAAUGAUCAUUACCGCAACAUGAUAUUACAUUAAAUAUAUGCAUUUACAAACUCAUGUUUCGGUAAUGAGAACUAAAAAGUUGUCUAGGUAUGACAAACAAAAUUUAAAAUUUUAUCUGGAGAGAUAAAAUAAGAACUGCUGGUAGCCAUCUUGAGUGUCACAGUCAAUCAUGUCCCUUCCAACAUUUUUUUUUAAAUGUUAGUUCCUUGAGGGCUUUGACAAUGAUUGAAAACUGAGGAUGAGAAAACUUUAUUUAAAAAACUACCAAUGAUCACCAAAUACCACAUGUUUCUUUACUGUAAAUGUUUAUAGUAUAACAUGCACUGAAGCUUUUUAUUUUUUAGAUUUUUUUAAUUAUAAAUAUUUCCAUGUCAAAGAACCAAAAUCCCGUCAAGCGGUAAUGAAAAUGUUCCCCAUAAAUGUGGAAAAAACAACAAAAUUGGUUUGUAUGGUGUCAUUUAAAAUCAUGUUCAAAAAAAUAAAAUAAAAUGAUGUGCAAAAUAGUACAGGAAGAGAUGUUUGUAACUGUAUGCUUUUUAUUUUGAUAGCAUUUACUUUUUUAUCAAAAUGUUUCACGACACCUCAUAAGUCUAAUUUCGCGAGAAUCCCGACACUCUGUAAUCACUUUUGACUUGUAACAACAUGUAACCAAAUUUUAGUUUAUUUUGGCUAAAAGUGGGCUACUAAUAGCUGGAAUAUACUGGGUCUAUGGUGAAAUUAUGGCUAUUGCUUGCUGGGAAGAAUCAUUAUUGACCUUUAAGAAAAAGAAAUCACAAGUGACAUCACUUUAAAGGAAUAGUUCACCCAAAAAUUUAAAUGCUGUCAUCAUUUAUUCACUUUCAUGUUGUUACAAACCUAUAUAAAAUUUCUUACAAAGGAUGUCAAUGGGGCAUCUGAUUGGUUUGGUUACAAACAAUUCUUAAAAUAUCUAUACAGGUUUGUAACAACAUGAGAGUAAAUGUAUCUCUUUAAUAUCUCUGUUGUUUACUAUUUUAUAGCUGUGUCAUCUUGUUUUUAUGACCAGUUGUCUCAUACUGUAUAUUGUCUAUUUUUAUUUCUUCUAAAGAAAUUUGAGAGUUACAUCUGGGACAAAGUACAUACUUGAAAAGAUACAUAAAUGAAACAUAAACAAGAUUACAUAACCAGGCGAUGAAAGGCCAUCCAUCUAAGCAUCAAAAUAUUUCUCUGAGAAAGGCCAAACUAAAAUUUACUAAGGUGCAUAUUUGGUUAAUAUUUUAUUUGCAAUUCAUCACAUCCACCAAAUUUAGGUCAGUUCUUCUCAAUGAUAUCCAUCGUACAUUUGAGUAUGAUGAUGUAAGGCCCACUGUGUAAGCUUGUCCAUUCCAUUAAUUUUCUUUCAGGACUCGUUUCCCUUCCCUUUCCCAAAGAGUAUGAUGUCAAAAAAUGUUUUUACUGUUAAGCAUCACUAAGAAAUUUAAACACAUUUGCAUGUGUCUUCUCAUUUCAUUAGAAGGGGAUGUGACACAAUAGAAGAAAAAAUGUGGUUUGAUUGAACAUUUGUGUAUUUCUUAAAGCCAUUUGCAUCUGAUGUAUAAUAUGUACAGAAUGAAUUAAUAAGACAAAAGUGAUCUCAUUUUGAUUUGUGGCAUAUGAUGUACGAAAAUAAUUUCAUUAGAUGUAAAAGCACAACGUUGAAGAUGGAAAAUUAUAUUUUUCUUGGUUGUGACAAUGCUGUUAUUAAAUGAAUGAAACCUAGUAAAUAUCUGUACAGAACAGCC